AUGUGGCUUUGGUCUUCCCUGGGCAGCACUAGAGGACUACAACCACCAAUAUUAAGGUACUGCGAGGACCAGAUAAGGGGCACACCACCUGCGCCUGUCAGCAAGGGAUGCGUGCCCGACAAUGAUCUUGCUCACUGGGUGCUGCUACUUAGAAUGGGAACCAUCUGGUUCCAGCAGUUAUUAAGUCUGAUUUAUUUUGAGGAACAUCACAAAGGCACUGGAAAACUGCAAACCAUGGAUCGAGUCCCCUUCUUCAAGUACAACUGUCAAAAAGUGGAUUUUGGGGAAAGACCAUCUCCUCGUCUCUUCUCUACCCACCUCUCAUACUACUUGGUUCCAAGUGGGCUGAAGAACAAAAAAGCCAAGAUUAUUUAUGUAUACAGAAACCUUAAGGAUGUUAUGUGCUCAUAUUUUCACUUUGCAAAGAAUGUGAUGUUACAAUUUACAAGUACCUUUGAGGAAUUCAUGAAACAAUUUCUCAACGGAAGAGUGUUAGAAAGCCUUUGGUUUGACCACAUCAGAGGUUGGUAUGAGCACAAAAGCCUCUUCAACAUUCAGUUCCUGAUGUAUGAGGAGAUGAAGAAGGAUCUCAGAGGUUCUGUGUUAAAAAUCUGCAAGUUUCUGGGGAAAGAAUUGAGUGAGGAGGAUAUGGAUGCUGUUGUGAGACAGGUCACAUUUGAGAACAUGAAGUAUGACCCACUGGCAAAUUACGACAAUAUAAUAACCACAGAAUAUGGGAUGAAUGUAAAAGGUCAUUUCCUUCGCAAAGGUACCAUUGGAGACUGGAAAAAUCACAUGACUGUUGAGCAGAAUGAAAGGUUUGACAAGAUUUUCCAAAGGGAGAUGAAAGAUUUUCCCCUGAAGUUCAUCUGGGACGUGAAUGAAGAUUAGAAUGCAAAUAGUUUAAGAAAGCACUUUCAGAAGGAAAUAUAUUGAAUUGUACACUUUCAUCUUUAACUCUCGUUGAAUCAUUAUUGAAAAACUUCAGUGAUUAAUAACUGUGAAUAUGCCGUCUUUACAUCAUUUGUCAUCUGUGGCCUGUUUUCCAUUUGCUGGGAUUCCUCAGUUUCUGUUCAGGAGAGGUUUCCUCUCUUUGUUUUGGCAUAUAAUUAGGGAACAGUUUUUAUUUUAUAUUCAGAAAUUCCAAAGGUCUUGGGCCAAAAAGGAGGUCAUAAGAUGUGAUCAAGUUAGCAUCUUAUAAUAGAAGCCUUGUCAUUUAUAAAAAAGGUACUUAUGGUCUUUCUUCAUAUGUAAGAUUUUAAUUCUUAGGUAGUGAGUCAAACUUUCAUUUUAUGACUUCUGGGUUUUGUGUCUAACUUUGAGUGUUGCUAUCACAAGUAUUUUCAUGCAUUCAUAAAUCAUAUCUUUAUUUAUCUUAUGUUGUAAGAAGACUAUUUUUUUCUAACACAUAACAAAUUGGCCCAAGACCAUUUAUCGAAUAGCCACCAUUUUAAAUAGGCAUUUAAAUAAAUUAAAAAAGACACGAUCUUGUUCUAAUCAAUUUCAUGCACAUGAGCUGACUUAGGCAAAAUGACAUAUUUUUCUGUUGAUAUAUUUUCUUA